GCACAAAGCCGUGUGCCCGGGUGCGGGCGGAGCUACCGCUGGGACCGCACUGGCACCGGCAUCACCGGUUACCGGCACCGCCCCGGCGGGCGGCCGCGAUGUGAUAGGGGGUGAUGGCCGCGGGGCAUGGCCGCCGGGCGGCGGCGGCGGGGCGGGCGGCGGCGGGCGCUGAGCGCCGCCGGUGAAAAUGGAGCCGCAUCCGCCGGCGGCCGUGCCCGAGCCCCCGCUCCCCCGGGGGCCGCGGCGGGACGGGCCGGGGCCGGAGCCGGAGCCGGGCCUCUGGGCACCUGAGGCCGCCGAGCCUGCCCUAGGGCCGCCGCCGUGGUCGCCGCCGCCGCCGGAGGAGGAGGAGGGGGGGGGCUGCCCGGCCCUGGAGGGCCCCGCCGAACCGGAGCCGCGCCUCCGCCCCGUCUUCGACGCCCUGGACCGCGACGGCGACGGCUUCGUGCGUGUGGAGGAUUUCGUCCAGUUCGCCACGGCCUACGGGGCCGAGCAGGUAAAGGACCUAACAAAGUACCUCGAUCCAAGCGGUCUUGGGGUCAUCAGCUUUGAAGAUUUCCAUCGAGGGAUCAGAGCUAUCAAAAAUGGAGGUUUGCAUGUUUGCUCUGGAGUGAGGGAUUCCCCAGGAAGCUGGAGAGUGUCUCCUUCAUCCUCACCAGAAACAUCUGGCCAGAAAUCAGAUCCUGACAGCCAGUUGUAUGAUAUGGGAUAUACCCCUGAGGAGGAAGCUCCGGCCUGUCCUGAUGAGUUUGAUGACUUUGUCACGUUUGAGGCAAAUGAGGUGACUGACAGUGCUUACAUGGGCUCCGAGAGCACGUACAGCGAGUGCGAAACCUUCACGGAUGAAGACACCAGCACACUGGUACACCACGAGAUGCACGACGAGGUAGAAACGGACAGUGCCAUUGACUCCACCGUGCACUCGGAGUUCACGGAUCCCAUCGAGGAGCCGGAGCAUGGAUCCCAUCCGCACGACCUGCCCCUGGGCUCAGACCUCAGCCACUCCAUUGUUACGGUCAUUAGUGGAGAAGAGCACUUUGAGGAUUAUGGAGAAGGGAAUGAAGCAGAUUUGUUCUCGGACAGCUUGUGUAACGGGGAAAGCAGCUUCAGCAGCUCCUCGUUCCUCUCUCCCAGCACCAAUCCGCUCGCUGCGAAACUGCACAGCAUUAUCGCAGAUGAAGCGUUUGAAUUUUACUGUAGCCAGUGCCACAAACAAAUCAACCGCCUUGAGGAUCUUUCUGCUCGCCUGAAUGAUCUUGAAAUGAAUAGUCCAAAUAAAAGACUCUCAAGCAAGAAGGUGGCAAGGCAGUUGCAUCAGACGAGCGCGCUGUCCGUGGGGGCGAUGGAGGAGUCCUACCGGGAUACGCUGGAGUGUACAGAGGAGGACAUCACGGACAAGGUGGUCUUCCUGGAGAAGCGGGUGACAGAGCUGGAGAAGGACACGGCUGCUAACGGCGAGCAGCACAGCCGCCUCAAGCAGGAAAACCUGCAGCUCGUGCACAGAGCAAAUGCUCUCGAGGAACAGCUGAAGGAGCAGGAGCUGAGAGCUGACCAAACACUCCUGGAGGAGAUCAAGAAGCAGAGGGAGCUGCUGAGCAAAAUGGAGAGGGAGAAGAGCAUCGAGAUUGAGAACCUGCAGGCCAGGCUGCAGCAACUGGAUGAUGAGAACGGCGAGCUGAGAUCCUGCGUCCCGUGUUUAAAAGCUAACAUUGAAAGACUCGAGGAGGAGAAGCAGAAGCUGCUGGAUGAGAUCGAAGACCUCACUGUGCAGCUCACAGAGGAGCAGGAGAAAAAGAGGAAGAUGGGGGACAAGCUGAGUCAGGAGAGGCACCAGUUUCAGAAGGAGAAAGAGUCGACGCAGGAGCUCAUUGAGGACCUCAGGAAGCAGCUCGAGCACUUGCAACUCUUCAAACUGGAAGCCGAGCAGCGAAGAGGCAGGAGCAGCAGCAUGGGGCUCCAGGAGUACAACAGCAGGACGCGGGAGACCGAGCUGGAGCAAGAGAUCAAGCAGCUCAAACAGGAUAACAGGAACCUGAAGGAGCAGAACGAUGAACUGAACGGACAGAUCAUUAACUUGAGCAUCCAGGGAGCCAAGAACCUCUUCUCAGCCUCCUUCUCUGAGUCCCUAGCAGCAGAGAUCAGCUCGGUCUCCAGAGAUGAGCUCAUGGAAGCGAUUCAAAAGCAAGAGGAGAUCAACUUUCGCCUGCAGGAUUACAUCGACAGGAUCAUCGUGGCCAUCAUGGAGACGAACCCCUCCAUCCUGGAGGUUAAGUAAGGGCGGCCGAGAGGUGUGGAUCUGGUGCUCUGAGAGGAUAAAGAGGGACUCAAAACGUCUUUGCUCUUGAUGAAGGCACAAGGAAGCAUCGCGUGGGUGAAUUAGCCAGCGGACCAGGGAAAAAGAAAACCAGCAGCAAGGCUUUGUUGUCUGACUCCGUUAUUUUGAAACCCUUCUGGGCUUCGAGGGGCGAAAGGGAACCCGGAGAAGAAACACAGGCAACGGGACAGCUGGAGGAAGCUCCCCGUGAAGCUGGGAACUGUCCCCACAGCGGCGUCAGACCCUCGGGCGCGCGGGGUGCGAACAGGAGCUUGCCACUGCGAGGGCUGGGAGGAGAGGGUUCCUCUGAACCGCGGGAUAACGGGAUGGAGAAGGAAGCAGCGGCGCUGAUGUUCUCCCUCGCUGCCCUGUCCAGCCCAAGUAUCUGCUUUGCCAAAGUGUCCCUGACACACUCACUCACUGGGGCAGAUCUGGGAAAGAGGGAAACGUGUCCUGGACUUGUAGAGGUUGUUUUUUUUUUUUUGGUUUUUUUUUUGUUGUUUUGGGUUUGGUUUUUUUUUUUUUUAAUUAACUUAAUGCAAAUGUCCUCAUUCAGCUGGCGCAGUUAAUUCUUGCCCUGCCGCUUCUGCUGGGGAAGGGGUUGCGUGCAGAGAGCAAGCUGGCUCCGCUCUCGCUCGCCGGUGACAGAAAGAGGCAGGGGAGCGGCCGUUUUCAGGAACAGGGCCUCAAGCUCACUUUGUCACCUGCCUCCUUAUUUAUUUUUGCUGUCCGUGGCUCACUACCCUCCACAGGCCUCGACGUUCACGGCUCCCCUGCCCUCCUCCCCGCUCUUCCGCGGGCUCUGCGGGCGUCUGAGCCGGGCUGGCUCUGGGAGGAGAGGUCCCCUCGGUCCCCGGCUGCAGGCACACGGGUGCUGUCUGUCCAGCCUGCAGGGACCCGGGGAGGCGGGGGGGAAAAGGCUGUGACUCUUCAACUUGCACUGGAGGCUGGUCCUGGCCCCCUCUCCCCGUCCCAGCUUGGCUCUCCUGGCCCGGCGCGGGGACACGCAGCGGCCGGGGAGCGGCAGCGGCCGGGGCUGAGCUCUUUCCACCUCUCCCUCCUGAAGUCCCUGCCUUGGGGACAGUGGCCUGUGCCAUUCCCACCCGGAGCAGGGCUCUGCUGGUGAUAGCUGCAGUCCUGGGGGGACAGCCUGCUCCGGCCGCCUUUCCCUGUGCUGGGGCAGGGGAGGGAGCAGCCGCUCUCUUUUUUUCUCAGCCCCCGGCAUCCUCCGGGGCUGAAACCUCUCUGCCGCUGGGGGAGAGGAGACCAGAGAAUACAACAGCAGCUCCCCCGGGAAACAAAAGCCAUGUUUACAUCAGACAGCGUUUGGCUUGCUGGCACAAGCUGGCCUGGCGUGACCACGGGGAGCGGCCGCUUUACCCGACCCUGCUCCCCUCUGGCUCCCGGGAGCAGCCAGCCAGCGGACUCCCAAGGAUCCGGCUUCGUGUCGUACGUCAGGCCCCGCAGAGCGGUUCUUCCCUGCUUGGCAGGUUUUAGAAAGGCCACAGUGGCCUGAAAGCAGAAGCCGCGGCGAUCCCUUGCCGGGGUGGGGGGGGGGUCCCCCCCGCUUUUCCCCCAGCCGCUUCCACGCACACGGCGCGUCUCUCUUCCCCACGCUGGCGCGGUGGCGGAGCCCCCAGCUCGCCCUGUGGCGCUGGAGGGGGCCGCUGGCCGGGGCAGGGGGCCGCUGCCGCAGCCUUAGUCCCUGCUGGGGGGGCCGGGGGGCUCAUGGGUCCCCGGGGCCAUCGGCUGAGUCCCCGGAGCCGCUGCUGCUCUAACCUUCCCCCCCCCCCAAAACACAUCUCCGGGUGCUCGACCCCCCCGUGGCCUUGUGCAAGGCGGGGCGGGGGGAACCCCAAAACCUGGGGUGAGGGGGACACCCGGUGCUCCUGCACCCCCUCCCCGCCAUCCACUCCCCUCCCUGCCCCGAGUCCGCGGGAAGAAGCCACGUAAUGUACAUUUCCAGAGAAGCUUUGGGUGUAAAUCAGUGUAUACUUGGAGAGGGAAAAUUUUUCUAUCUUGUAGAGUAGGUAUUUUUAUAGAAUGAAGGUUGAUCAUUUUUUUAAUACUUUAAAGAAGAGAGAAAUGUAUCUGUGUAUACACAAAAGCAUAUAUAUAUAUAUAUAUGUAUAAAUAUAUAAAUAUCGGAGAUCUGCCUUUCUCGACUUGGGAUCAUGGAUCCCCAGUUCUCAAACAAUCGUCUUUUUUCCUGACGCUCACAAAGAGGUACUGUAACUGUAAAUAAGCACCGGGAAAAAGUUUUAAGCAAACAAAGCACUGACUUGCACAUUCACCAUGCUUUAAAGUCCCUAUGGAAGAAAAAAAACAAAAAAAAAACCCUGUACUUCCCGAAAAUGUUCCUCUUUCCCCACCGCUAUGUGAAGGAAGUCCCAGAAAGAGGCAAAACCAGUAUUGUCUUAAAUGAUGUAUCAAUUCUUGUCAGAUUAAAAGCUGUUACUCUUC